GAAAAGGUGCCCUGUGUGUCUGUUACGUAUGACAAUGCGGGCUAUACACGUGUUCUCCCUGCUGAUACUGACCACAGCGGACAGGAAACUAGACAUACUAAACCUCUACAAGAACAGCUUCACAGGUGAUGGAACAUAUUACUGGAACACUGAGGGUGGUACCUGUAGUUACCCACCACCCGAACUACCGCCCGUAGCUUACCAUCCAAACAUCACAGAUCUCGUAGCCCUCAACAGUCAUCAAUUCUUCGGAUCCCACGCCUGUGGCAUGUGUUUCUCGGUGAACGGAUCAGGUGUGGGAUUAGGUCUCAAUCCUAUCAUAGGCCAGCACAUCGUGUUCGUCAAGGACAUGUGUCCGGAAUGUAAGAAGGGUGAUGUAGAUUUCUCCGAAACUGCCGACGGUCGGUGGAAUAUUUCCAUCCGGGCUAUCCAAUGUCCGGUUGGUAAUACAUCAAUCGAAUACAAAUUUCAGGGCAGCAACGAAUAUUACUUAAAACUCCAAGUUCGUAAUGCAAGGAUUCCGGCCACAUCAUUCGAGGUGAAGUUGCCGGAUAUGUCCUGGUCCCAUUUUAAUCACACGAUGGACGGUUUCUGGACUGUAUCGUUUCCCACCGGAGUGACGUAUCCUAUACAUCUUAGACUAACUGCAGCGAACGGUGAGGUCAUCGAAGACACACUGGGCACAGAUCACAUAGUUAAUGAGAAGGUUAUAUAUGGUGACGGCAAACAGUUCUCGGUCGACAACAGCCUACCAACAUAGUCGUGAAGGAAUCAUGCUGCAUCAGGAAGAAAUCAGCUCGAUAUUUCUCCUUUAAUUUGACUUUUUUCAUUUUUUGACAAAAAAAUAUUAUGUUAAAAGAUGUUAUUGUCUUUAACAAGUCGUAAGCAUUUAACUUAUUGCACCGACAAGGCAGAAUUUCUAUCCCCGUUUCCACUAUUAGACAAAUGUCUGACUUUUGGAAAAAAACAACUUCAAUUAGCCAAACUUGUGUAUCACGAACUUAGAUAUCUCAAAUAACCCGGUAGGCUUGUGGUAUUGUCUAAAGUGACCUAAUUUUCUCGAUGUAUCAUUUGAUGUAAUAUGUCUGUUUAUUGACACAUUUGUUAUCUCAUUGUUUUAUUCGUGGUCAUGUCUGUUAAUUGAUACCUCGGUUAUCUCGAGGUAUUAUUCGUGGUCAUGUCUGCUUAUUGAUGCCUCGGUUAUCUCGAGGAAUCAGUCAUGCUCAUGUCUGCUUAUUGAUUCCUCGGUUAUCUAGAGGAAUCGGUCCUGCUCAUGUCUGCUUAUUGAUGCCUCGGUUAUCUCGAGGAAUCAGUCAUGCUCAUGUCUGCUUAUUGAUUCCUCGGUUAUCUAGAGGAAUCAGUCGUGCUCAUGUCUGUUUAUUGAUACCUCGGUUAUCUCGAAGUAUCAUUCGUGGUCAUGCCUGUUUAUUGAUACCUCGGUUAUCUCGAAGUAUCAUUCGUGGCCAUGCCUGUUUAUUGAUACCUCGGCUAUCAUGCGGAUUCCUUCGUGUUCAUAUGUCUUUAUGUUGAUACAAAUGUAUGCUUAUAUUAAAGACUUAU